CCGCCGCGCUUGGGACGCGAGGAUGGAGACGGUGACCGAGGGAGCGUGGGACUCCCUGCCCGUCCAGCUGAGCCCUGGCGUCGGACGGGCCUUGCGGGAGCUGGGCUUCACUCACAUGACGCCCGUGCAGUCUGCAACUAUUCCUUUGUUUAUGACGAAUAAGGAUGUGGCAGCUGAGGCGGUAACUGGCAGUGGCAAAACUUUAGCUUUUGUUAUUCCAAUCAUAGAAAUUCUUCUCCGACGGGAAGAAAAGCUCAAGAAAAUGCAGGUUGGCGCUGUUGUCAUCACGCCCACACGAGAGCUUGCCAUUCAAAUAGACGAAGUGAUAUCCCAUUUCACAAAGUAUUUCCCACAGUUUAGUCAGUGCCUUCUAAUCGGUGGAAAUAAUCCCAUGGAAGAUGUAGAAAGAUUCAAAGAACGAGGCGGACACAUCCUGGUAGCUACUCCAGGCCGUUUGGAGGACAUGUUCAGGAGAAAAUCGGAUGGGCUGGAUUUGGCCAGCUCUGUGAAAUCUCUGGAUGUUUUGGUCUUGGAUGAAGCAGACCGGCUUCUGGAUAUGGGCUUUGAAGCAAGUUUAAAUACCAUUCUGGACUUGUUGCCCAAGCAGAGACGAACGGGGCUCUUUUCAGCAACUCAAACUCAAGAAGUCGAGAACCUGGUGAGGGCUGGUCUCCGGAACCCUGUCCGCAUCUCGGUGAAGGAGAAGGGAAUGGCAGCCAGCAAUACUCAGAAGACCCCCACCCGCCUCCAAAACUACUACAUGAUCUGCAAAGCAGAAGAAAAAUUUAACCAGCUGGUCCACUUCCUUCGCCAACACAAGGCAGAAAAACACCUUGUCUUUUUCAGUACCUGCGCUUGUGUGGAGUAUUUUGGGAAGACUUUGGAAUCCUUGAUUAAGAACGUGAAAAUAAUGUGCAUUCAUGGGAAAAUGAAACACAAACGGAAUAGGAUCUUCACGGAGUUCCGGAAACUUCCAAGUGGCAUUCUGGUUUGCACCGAUGUGAUGGCCCGAGGCAUAGACAUUCCAGAGGUGAACUGGGUUUUGCAGUGUGACCCUCCAAGCAAUGCAAGUGCCUUCGUUCAUCGCUGUGGCCGCACUGCACGAAUCGGGCGCUUGGGCAGCGCACUUGUCUUCUUGCUUCCCAUGGAAGAAGCCUACAUCAGUUUUCUAGCCAUUAACCAAAAGUGUCCCAUGCAGGAAAUGAAACUGCAGAGCAACGUGGCAGAUGUCCUGCCGAAGCUGAAGUCUCUCAGUCUGGCUGACAGAGCUUUCUAUGAGAAGGGGAUGAAGGCCUUUGUAUCUUACGUGCAGGCUUAUGCCAAACACGAGUGCAACCUGAUCUUCAGGAUAAAAGACUUGGACUUUAGUAGCCUGGCCCGCGGUUUUGGUUUGCUGAAGAUGCCACGGAUGCCGGAGCUGAAAGGCAAGUGCUUUUCGGACUUCACGUCUGUUGAUAUUGACACGGACACAAUUGCCUUCAAGGACAAGAACAGGGAAAAACAGAGGCAAAAGCUGUUGGAGCAGCGAAGGAAGGAGUGGCAGGAGCACAGGGGGCAGAGAAAACUCACCCGCAACAAAGCCUGGUCCAAGCAGAAAUCAAAGAAGGAGAAGAAGAAGAAAAUGACAGCCAAAAGGAAAAGAGAGGAGGGUUCUGAUGUGGAGGACGAGGAUAUGGAGGAGCUCCUGCAGGACACCCGGCUCUUGAAAAGGCUCAAGAAGGGCAAAAUCAGUGAGGAGGAGUUUGAGAAGAAGCUGCUGCACGGCGGGAAGGAGGCCCAGGCAGGAGCUGUGGGAGGCUCAGACUGAAGGGUGAAAUGUCCAGCUGAACUCUCCUUUUUGAUACAAAUAAAACUUGAUAUACACAUACCAAGUGCCAUUUCACUCUUGAUAUUGUUGCUGUUGGGGCCUUAUGAUACAGCAGCAUUGUUCAACCUGGAGCUCUGCAGACGAUUUGGGCUUCAGCUCUCAUAGAGCCCCAGCCAGCACAGCUUUCAAUCAGGACAACUUGAAGCCACUGCCUAUUGAUGAGCUGCUACAGGAGAUUCUUUUAACAGGAAGUGCCAAGGAUUGAACUUGGCAAAGUGUGGGCUUUGCCAGGAAGCUACGAGUAAGGACCACUUUGCUGUUAAGAUUUUAAGCAUCGUGUUGCAAAGGUUCCCAGAUUUUUCCUCCCUCCCAUGUCUUGCAAUAAGUUGUAUACUACAAAGCCAGCCUGGUGCAGUGGCGCAUUCUUGCUGGGUAACCUUGUCCCAGUUGCUGUGUUUAUUUAUUUUUAUUUCUCUAUUGAAUU